UAGACGAGGGCCUACGGAUGCGCCUGCAUUCACUUCGAUAUGGACAAGAGUAAGAGGAAGCCGAAUUUCUCAGAGACGGAAAAGUUUCGUCUUUGUGAAGAAUAUGAAAAAGAAUUUGCUGUCAUAACAGGUAAAUUUAGCGCCAUCUUAUCGACGAAAAAGAAACAUGACGCUUGGAUUAGGAUUACCAAAGCCAUGAAUCGUAGAAAUCCAUCCGUCAUCCGUUCCGAUGCCGACUUCCUCAAGAAGUGGCAGAACUUAUGCUCCAAAAUGAAAGAUGAGUACAGGGAUUACAAGAAAGAAUUGGCGAAAACAGGAGGAGGUCCACCACCAGUUGAGCCGUCCUUGGUCUCGCAGAAAGUAGCAUCGAUUAUCGGUGAAGACGACCCAACUGUUCAUGGUAUUGAAGGUGGCAUUGAUAGUUCACAGGCGAAGAAAACACAAGAUGUUCCGCGAAGCAUGCCAUCACGAAUUCAAAGCAGCAAGCCUGGUACGCCUACCAGGAAGACCCCAUCUUACACUGCUAUCCUCUCAACGAGAAAACCAUCAGCCGCUGCAGCAAUACCCAAUCCUUGCCCUGCGUUGUCAGAUGAGGAUACUGGUGUAGCUGAAACAAAGAAGCGAAAGGCCACUAAUGAUGAUAUCAUCACGAUGCAGAAAGAGUUGUUGUGCGCUGAAAGGUCAAGAGCGACAUUGGAGAUACAAAAACUUCAACUAGAAAAAGCUAAGCUUACUUUGGAAAUGGAAGUUCUUCAACUCAAGAAGCAAAAACUAUCUGUUGACAAUCAGUAUACAACCGAUGAAGAACCAUGUGACUACUCUCUGACAACUCUUUGAAUAAAACUUGUCUUAAAUGGCAUC